ACUCAUCUUCUCGGUCGACCUCCCUUAAUUGAAAGUCUCAGACUUUCAUACAUCGAUCCUUUAUAUAAACUGCAACAACUCGAUCUCCUCCCUCACACGUAAUCUCUUUCAUUAUUGUUUCUUCGACGUUUAUUGUCAACUUUCUCAGAGUUCUGCAUCGAUCGAAGGAGCAGUAGUACUGAUCUGAUCAUGGACCCCAAACAAGAGUAUGAGCGGACAAUGGAGGAAACGCCUACAUGGGCUGUGGCUGCGGUGUGCUUCGUGUUGAUUGUUAUUUCAAUCCUUAUCGAGUAUAUUCUUCAUAUUAUUGGACAUUGGCUGAAAAAGAAACACAAGCGAGCUCUUUACGAAGCACUUGAAAAGAUCAAAGCAGAACUUAUGCUGCUGGGAUUCAUAUCCUUGCUUCUAACAGUGUUUCAAGACUAUAUUUCUGAUAUAUGUAUAUCAAAGAGUGUCGGAGCCACCUGGCAUCCCUGUAAAAAUGGGUCGAAGAGUAAGUCAAAGGAGGAAGAUUCUGAUGAUGAGAAAAGUGGCCGUAAACUACUUCAAUUUCUGGAAUCUGGCUUCGGUGCGCGGCGAAGAUUAGCUACAAAAGGAUAUGACAAAUGCGCAGAAAAAGGUAAAGUCGCUUUGAUGUCGGCAUAUGCGAUUCACCAGCUCCACGUAUUCAUCUUUGUGUUGGCUGUUUUUCAUGUGCUUUACUGCAUCAUCACCUUGGCUUUGGGCAGAACCAAGAUGAGAAAAUGGAAGGUUUGGGAGGAUGAAACAAGAACACUUGAAUAUCAGUACUCUAAUGAUCCAGAGAGGUUUAGGUUUGCGAGGGAUACAACAUUUGGACGAAGACAUUUGAACGUCUGGAGCAAGUCAACGGUUUCCCUUUGGAUAGUGUGUUUUUUCAGACAAUUCGUCAGGUCAGUUACCAAGGUUGAUUACCUCACACUGAGACAUGGAUUUAUUAUGGCACAUUUGGCACCCGAAAGUGAAACGAGAUUUGAUUUUCAGAAAUACAUCAAGAGAUCACUUGAAGAGGAUUUUAAAGUAGUGGUGGAGAUCAGUCCUAUCAUAUGGUUCUUUGCGGUGUUAUUCCUCCUCUCCAACACUUACGGAUGGUUUUCUUAUCUAUGGCUACCGUUUGUCCCAUUGAUUAUAAUCCUAUUAUUGGGGACAAAGUUACUUGUGAUCAUUACAAAAAUGGGGCUAAGAAUACAAGACAGAGGUGAUGUGGUUAAGGGUACACCUGUGGUGCAACUAGGCGAUGACCUCUUCUGGUUUGGACGCCCUCGCUUCAUUCUCUUCCUUAUUCACUUUGUUCUCUUUCAGAAUGCAUUUCAACUGGCCUUCUUUGCAUGGAGUGUGUACGCAUUUGGCACGAGCAAUUGCUUCCAUAAGCGCACUGAAGACAUUGUCAUCAGAAUCUCAAUGGGGGUCAUCAUACAAGUUCUAUGCAGCUAUGUGACUUUGCCUCUCUACGCUCUAGUUACUCAGAUGGGUUCCACCAUGAAAUCCACCAUUUUCAAUGAUCGAGUGGCAACAGCAUUGAAAAACUGGCACCACACGGCCAAAAAGAACACGAAGCAAAGCCAUCAUUCUGAGACGAAUUCACCAUUUUCAAGUAGGCCUGCAACUCCCACACACGGGAUGUCCCCAGUUCACCUCCUGCAUAAUUAUCACCAUAGCAGCCUUGACAGCUUGCAUGCAUCCCCGAGAAGGGCGAGCAAUGCUGUUGAAAAUGAUCAUCACUGGGACAUAGAAGAGACCCCAUCCCCAAGGAACCGAAGUGAUGGAGUCGAUGAUUCUCAAUCGCCCAGUAGGCACUUGGAUCAGCAAGAAAGGCCAAUUCAGGAGCCAAUAAUAAUUGGCAGAUCAUCGCAAUUGCCUCCAGGACCAGGAGCCAUUCGUACUCACCAUGAAAUCGACAUGAAUACUUCUGAUUUCACAUUUCGUUAAUUUUAAGGAGAUUGGAUCAUAUAUACAUAUAUAUAUAUAUAUAUAAAUAUAAUAGGAGAUUAAUGUUGCUAACUUGUACCAUUGUAUACAUUUUUCUGUACAUGAGAGCAGCAACAAUGGCAUGCAGCAUUGUAAUUGAUUCAAGCAUUUUGCGCAAUUUCGUUGUUGUUUUUUGAGGGA